UAUUUUGUAAAUUUUAAAAUAGAUCUAGUGAAUAUGAUUAUAAAUAAUUUAUACAUAACCUAAAAGGAACCAAACCGAAUCUAAUCCGAUAAUUAGUAAAAACCAAAUGAUACUUAUGAGUACAACACCAAAAAUCCAAAUCAUCCCGGACCAAAAUCGAAUGGGCCACCGAAACAAGUCCGGCCCAUAAAAGAGAAAAAAAGAAACUAGAGAAUAGAAAUAGGGCAGAGGAGUUGAAGAAGCAAACUUGAAACGCACGUCUUGGAAAAAGCAGAUCGGAAGUUCCGCAGUGAAAUCGAGUUACCAGUGAUGAUGAUCGAGAAGGUGGUCGUUCAUCCACUUGUGUUGCGUAAUAUCUUCCACAAGCACCAUUGGGUCGUUAAAAAAACGGGAAGGCGUGGGGUCGGUGUUCUUCUCGGCAGGAGUUACCGUGGUGUCGUUAGUGUCACCAACAGCUACCCAGUGCUUUUCAAGGAGGAUCCUAUAUGGUCUUUUGAUCAGACUCACCACAAGUCAAUGUUUCGUAUGUUGGAGAGCAUCAAUGGUCGUCAUGAGGAUGUGGUUGGUUGGUACAGCACCUGCCCUGAACCUCAUGUGAACAAUUUGGAUAUGCACGCUGUGUUCAGAGAGUAUGUUCAAGAUCCAUUGUUCCUCACUAUUGACGUCAUGCGUUCAGAAACUCCCACAUCGGAAAUUCCCACAGUGGCUUACCUUGCAGUGGAGGACGAGGUCAAUGAGGUGGGAAGCAGCAAGCAAACCUUCUUCCCUGUCUUUACACAAAUUGCUCUUCCUGAGGAGAUCGGUACCUCAACUAGGAGUACCCUUGUCUCCGAGAUGCCUAUACUGGAGACUUGCCGUGUUUUAUCGAAUCUCAUUACUUGUAUGUCAAAAACAUGGUUCGUAUUAGCGUGGAGGGAUAUGAUCUUUCACUCGAUCCUGUUGAUCUCGACAGAUCACUUGAGGAACAUUUUGGAUCCUGUGGAACGGUUGAGUACGUGGAUGUGCCCAGACAUCCUGAUACCAAUGCUAUCAGCAAUAGAUGUACUACAGUGACUCUCCGUGGAGAAUUUGCAGAAGAGAAGGCACUCGCACUCAACGGGACUGACGUGGAAGGAUGGACAGUAACCGUGAAGGUUUUACCGCCAGCGAUGACCGAGCUGAUGUCAGGGAAGAGUCCACGCGAAUUGGCUCUUGAAUACCUCGCCCGCAACUGCUAAAUUUAUAUAUAAUUAAUCUCCCAAGCUAUGACUUAAUUAUUAGGGCUGUUUAAUAUUUCUUCUUUGAGAGAGAAGAAAGAUUGAAUAAUGUUUAUUGUUUUUGUUACGCUUACAAGUUUAGUAAUC